UCACCCAACAACCCGGAAGCAGUUAUGCGACAACUUCCACCUCACGGCCACGAAACAAAACAAGCAGAAAAAUGCUGCGGAAACCGGAAGUGCGCCAGAGGCGCGCGAGUCUCCGCGCAUGCGUACACGCGCUCCUCGGAAGGUGCAGCGUUUUUUGGGUUUUUUGGGGGGUUUUUGGGGCAGACAAUGGCGGAGCUAGGUGAGGCUGACGAAGCGGAGUUGCAGCGCCUGGUAGCGGCCGAACAGCAGAAGGCGCAGUUCACUGCACAGGUGCAUCACUUCAUGGAGCUAUGUUGGGAUAAAUGUGUGGAGAAGCCAGGGAAUCGCUUAGAUUCUCGCACUGAAAACUGUCUCUCUAGCUGUGUGGACCGCUUCAUUGACACUACUCUUGCCAUCACCAGUCGAUUUGCCCAGAUGGUACAGAAAGGAGGACAGUAGACCAUCCCCUGGGAAAAUGACCGAAUCAGCAAAAGACUUGUUACUAAGCAGACUGAAAGACCACAGGGGAAGGUUGUCACCCCACUGUCAGGUCACCAUCAGGCUGUUACCAAGUCUGUUGGUGCUAAAAGUAACAGAUCAAAUAUUCAAAAGUGAAAUUUAUUUAUUUGGAAUUUAGAAAUUCCAAGUUAUAUGACAUCAGUUAUUCAAUAAAUGUGAUUUCUUCAAAUCUUUUAUGUUAA